CACCAAAGAGAAAAAAAUACAGGGAGAGAGAGAGAGAGAAAGGGCCCCCGUAAAUUCCUAUCCUUGGUUUUGAAUGGAGAGAGGGCUUUCUUCUUGGCCUUGACCCACCUCUCUCUUCCCUCCCACUUCCCUCUCUCUCAUUGAGAUCUUUGCAACUUCUCUCUCUGAUCCCAUUGUUUUCUUGAUGGGUUUGUCUUGUGUUUUUUCCAUUUAGAAAUAGAUUUAUGAGGCUCGUGUUUCCAGGUCAGGCGUUCUUGCAAAAUUGUGAAUUCUUUUGUGAUCAAAUAUUCUUCUGGGCUUACUGAAUUCUUGGAGGAGGAUACAUUGCACAAAAAGCUCCUUCAGCUACAAGGGUGCAUGAAGGCAAGAGUUUUGGGGUUUUUGUUAUUAUUUCCUGAGAGGUGGUUAUGUGGUAAUACAAUUAUAACGAGCUGACAAAUGACACGAGGAAGGAUAAGGGCAAGGCUCCGCCGGAGCAAUUUGUACACAUUUGCAUGCAUUCGUCCACGAGACGGUGAAAGAGAUGAGCCGCAUCAAUUCCAAGGCCCCGGAUUCUCACGAAUUGUAUUAUGCAAUGAACCAUAUCGCCAUGUACAGAAACCUCUUAAAUAUUGCUCUAACUACAUUUCAACCACGAAGUACAAUGUCAUCACGUUCUUACCCAAGGCUAUUUUUGAGCAAUUCCGUCGUGUUGCCAACUUAUAUUUCCUACUAGCUGCAUGUCUGUCGAUCACAAGGGUUGCUCCGUUCUCAGCUGUGAGUAUGAUUGCUCCUCUAGCCUUCGUGAUUGGUCUUAGUAUGGCAAAGGAGGCUAUGGAAGAUUGGCGAAGGUUUAUUCAGGAUAUGAAAGUAAAUAUGCGAAAAGCUAGGGUGCAUAAAGGGGAUGGAGUAUUUGGUCCUAAGCCAUGGAUGAAACUUCGAGUUGGAGAUGUGGUGAAAGUGGAGAAGGACAAAUUUUUCCCUGCGGAUUUACUACUUGUGUCGUCUAGUUAUGAGGACGGAAUUUGCUAUGUGGAAACUAUGAACUUAGAUGGAGAGACAAACUUGAAAGUCAAGAGAGCUUUGGAGGUAACUUUGCCAUUGGACAACGACAUGACUUUCAAAGAUUUUACGGGAAAAAUUUCAUGCGAAGACCCAAAUCCCAACCUUUACACUUUUGUGGGUAAUCUCGAGUAUGAUCGUCAGGUUUAUCCGUUAGAUCCUAGCCAGAUUCUCCUCAGAGAUUCAAAGCUUAGGAAUACGGCUUAUGUUUAUGGAGUAGUGAUAUUCACUGGUCAUGAUAGCAAAGUCAUGCAAAAUGGAACACGAUCUCCUUCGAAAAGGAGUAGGGUUGAAAAACAGAUGGACAAAAUCAUUUACAUUCUUUUUAGCCUCCUUGUAUUGAUCUCCUUGAUCAGCUCACUUGGAUUUGGUGUGAAGACAAAGUUCCAAAUGCCACAAUGGUGGUAUAUGCAACCAGAUGAAACAGUAGAUCUCUAUAAUCCUAGAAUACCUCUCUGGUCAGCCUUUUUGCAUUUGAUUACUGCCCUUAUUCUGUAUGGGUAUUUGAUACCCAUCUCUCUCUAUGUUUCUAUCGAAGUGGUUAAGGUCCUCCAAGCAAUGUUCAUUAAUAAGGACAUCCAUAUGUAUGACGAAGAAAGCGGAACUCCUGCUCAAGCAAGGACAUCAAAUCUAAAUGAGGAGUUGGGUCAGGUUGACACGAUUCUUUCUGAUAAAACUGGCACUUUGACAUGCAACCAAAUGGAUUUCCUCAAGUGUUCCAUUGCUGGUAAGGCUUAUGGGACUCGUUCUAGUGAAGUUGAACUUGCUGUUGUAAGGGAGAUGGCUUUAAAUGUUGACGGUCAAGUCUCAGAAUCAACCCCUAAAAGUGGUGUGCAUGUGUCAGAAAUUGAGUUAGAGACUGUUGUUACUUGUAAAGACGAGAAGUAUCAUAAACCUCCAAUAAAGGGAUUUAGCUUUGAGGACAGCCGCCUCAUGCAUGGAAAUUGGUCGAAAGAACCAAAUGCAGAUGUCAUCUUGUUGUUUUUCCGUAUACUUGCUAUUUGUCACACUGCAAUUCCAGAAGCAAAUGAAGAGACUGGUGGAUUUACUUAUGAAGCAGAAUCCCCGGAUGAAGGUGCUUUUCUUGUUGCAGCAAGAGAAUUUGGGUUUGAGUUCUGUAAAAGAACUCAAUCCAGCGUAUUUGUUCGUGAAAGAUAUCAUUCUUCUAAAGAGCCAAUUGAAAGGGGGUACAAAAUUCUCAAUUUGUUGGACUUUACUAGCAAAAGAAAGAGAAUGUCUGUUAUUGCUCAGGACGAUGAUGGUCAGCUUUUUCUCUUUUGUAAAGGUGCAGACAGCAUCAUCUUUGAUCGGUUAUCAAAGAAUGGAAGAAUGUACGAGGAAGCUACUACAAAACACCUAAAGGACUAUGGGGAAGGUGGUUUGCGCACAUUAGCUCUUGCUUACCGAAAACUUGAAGGGGCAGAGUAUUCUGUUUGGAACAAUGAGUUUAUCAAAGCGAAGACUUCCAUUGGUGGUGAUCGGGAGGCAAUGCUUGAAAGGGUAUCUGAACUGAUGGAAAAAGAUUUAAUCCUUGUCGGUGCAACUGCUGUUGAAGACAAACUACAAAAAGGGGUGCCUCAAUGUAUUGAUAAGCUGGCUCAAGCAGGUCUCAAAAUCUGGGUUCUGACAGGAGAUAAGUUGGAAACAGCAAUCAACAUAGGAUUUUCCUGUAGUCUGCUUCGACAGGGCAUGAAGCAGAUUUGCAUAACAAGCCUGAAUACAAACACAUCAGCACAAGAUUCCAGAAAGAAUUUGUUGCUCUUUGCAACCCAUCAGGCCGUGAAAGAUAACAUAGAGAUGCAAAUUACAAACGCCUCUCAAAUGAUCAAGCUUGAAAAGGAUCCUUAUGCUGCAUUUGCAUUAAUUAUCGAUGGGAAGACCCUUUCAUAUGCUUUAGACGAUGAUCUGAAGCAUCAAUUCUUAAACUUAGCGGUUGAUUGUGCAUCUGUCAUAUGCUGCCGUGUCUCUCCUAAGCAGAAAGCUCUGGUGACAAGAUUGGUAAAACAAGGAACCGGCAAAAUCACCUUAGCAAUUGGGGAUGGUGCAAAUGAUGUUGGAAUGAUUCAAGAAGCAGAUAUUGGUGUUGGCAUCAGUGGCGUCGAAGGAAUGCAGGCAGUGAUGGCUAGUGACUUUGCUAUUGCUCAGUUUCGAUUUCUGGAAAGACUUCUGGUUGUCCAUGGACAUUGGUGUUACAAGAGAAUUGCUCAGAUGAUCUGUUAUUUCUUUUACAAGAACAUAGCCUUCGGCCUCACACUGUUCUACUUCGAGGCAUUCGCCAGCUUUUCUGGGCAAUCAGUUUAUGACGAUUGGUACAUGUUGCUAUUCAAUGUUAUUCUCACCUCACUACCUGUCAUUUCACUUGGCGUGUUUGAACAAGAUGUUUCGUCUGAAAUCUGCUUACAGUUCCCAGCCCUUUAUCAACAAGGCCCAAAAAACUUGUUCUUCAACUGGUACCGAAUAUUUGGGUGGAUGGGGAAUGGACUCUAUUCUUCCGUCAUGAUAUUCUUCCUCAACUUAAUCAUCUUCUAUGACCAACCCUUCCAAUCCGAAGGCCAAACUACUGACAUGUCAGCCGUAGGGACCACCAUGUUUACGUGCAUCAUUUGGGCAGUCAAUUGCCAGAUUGCACUUACCAUGAGUCACUUCACUUGGAUCCAACACCUCUUAAUAUGGGGCAGCAUCGCCACAUGGUACCUAUUCCUCUUAGGCUAUGGAAUGAUGCCACCGGUCUAUUCUGGGAAGGCCUUCCAACUCCUUCUUGAAGCCCUCGCUCCUGCUCCUUUGUACUGGUGUGCCACUCUUUUAGUAACCAUUGCUUGCAACCUCCCAUAUUUGGCUCAUAUAUCAUUCCAAAGGUGUUUCCAUCCAAUGGAUCAUCACAUCAUCCAAGAAAUAAAGUACCUCAAGAAAGAUGUUGAGGAUCAACAUAUGUGGACUAGAGAGCGGUCUAAAGCAAGACAGGAGACAAAGAUUGGGUUUACUGCGAGGGUAGAUGCAAAGAUCAGGCAAUUGAAAGGGAAACUAACAAAGAAGCAUUCAUCACUACCUCCACAAGUCAUAAUGCCUCCAUCGUAACAUUUUCUGGGAUUUUUUUUUCUUUUUGGCCCUGUUCUCGUUUAUAAAUUCAGGUUUUCUGGCCGUUUCUAGAUUUAUUUGCUGUCCUUUUUUGAGCUUAAUUUGUUUUCAUAUGGGUUGUGUUAUUCAUUUUAGUGGGGUGUGUUGAGGUCUCAUUCAUUAUACAAGAGGUGUAAUGCUAUUGUAUGUAAUUAAUUUUAUUUACCAAAAAAAAAAAAAUACUCCUAUAUAGCAUGAUCUCAUUAUAGCU